AUGCAGAUGUCCCUCAUUCUCGCCCUUGGCGCGGGCAAGGCCGUCAUGGCCUCCCAGAUGUUCCAGAACAGUACCGCAAAUGCCACCUAUUCCAUGCCCCAGACGGUUGGCGAGUUCGAACUCGUCGGCUGCGCCGGUGUCUCCAACUUUAAGAUGGUUGCCCAGUCCGAGCAGAUGUCACUGAACCUUUGCGCCGCUAGCUGCGAGUCCAAGUACUUUGCCACCCACAAGGACGAGUGCCACUGUGGUGACGAAGUUGCCGAUGAUCUGAUCACGAGCAGCCCCCAGAGCUGUGCCAUUCCCUGCCCUGGCAACGACAAGGAGGCUUGCGGCGGCGCCAGCGCCAACCUCGCCCGCCGCGGUGAUCGCAAGCUCUGCAGUGUCUACGUCCGCCGCCACAAGCCCGAGGCCAAGACCAAGAUCGAGUACCACGUCCACACCAUCACUGCCUGCCCCCACCAUGUCGUGGACUGCCAUGCCGCCCCCCACGUCACCACCCAGACCAAGACCAUCACCACGGAGGUCUGCCCCGAGCCCGAGUGGCACAAGAAGAAGAUUGUCUGCUACGGCCCCCACUGCGCACACGAGUGGCCCUGCCACGGCGAUGACUGCAAGAGGGAGCGUGUCAUCUGCAAGGACGACAAGUGCUGGGUCGAGGAGUGCCCCAAGGGUGAGGACUGGACCAAGCUCGUCAUCGUCAAGGAGGACGACGACUGCCACUUUGCCCCCCGCUGCCACGAUGACGAGUGCAACAAGAGGAAGAUUGUCUGCUACGAUGGCAAGUGCGUGAAUGAGACCUGCCACGGCGAUGAGUGCAAGAAGAACCUCGUCUGCAACGGCGAGGAAUGCCACCAUGCCAAGUGCGAGAAGGACGAGUGCCACGAGAAGCUCGUCUGCAAGAGCGAGAAGGAGUGCCACGUCGAGCCUCACUGCGACCGCUGCUCCAAACCUUCCCCUCCCAAGCCCACCGGUCCCCAGACCACUUCCGCCCCCGGCGGCAACCCAGGUCAAGGUGGUAACCCCGGCCAGGGCGGCAACCCGGGUCAAGGCGGUAACCCCGGCCAGGGCGGUAACCCCGGCCAGGGCGGUAACCCCGGCCAGGGUGGUAACCCCGGCCAGGGCGGCAACCCGGGUCAGGGUGGCAACCCCGGCCAGGGCGGUAACCCCGGCCAGGGCGGUAACCCGGGUCAGGGCGCCACCGCCUCUGGCUCCGCCUUCCCCCGCCCUACUCUGCCUCCUCCCGUGGUCGGCGGCGCUGAGCGCAACGGCAUCACCGUCUUCGGUGUCCUUGCUGCUGGUCUUGCUUUCGUCCUGUAA